CCCUCCCCCGGACGGGGCGAGAGCAGCCAUGGCGGGCUUCAAGCGCGGCUACGACGGAAAGAUCGCCGGGCUGUACGACCUGGACAAGACGUUGGGCCGCGGGCACUUUGCAGUGGUCAAGCUGGCGCGGCACGUCUUCACGGGGGAGAAGGUGGCGGUCAAGGUCAUCGAUAAGACCAAGCUGGACUCGGUUGCUACAGGCCACCUCUUCCAGGAGGUACGCUGCAUGAAGCUGGUGCAGCAUCCCAACAUCGUGCGCCUCUACGAGGUCAUCGACACGCAAACAAAGCUCUACCUUAUCCUGGAGCUGGGUGACGGCGGCGACAUGUUCGACUACAUCAUGAAGCACGAGGAGGGCCUCAGCGAGGAGCUGGCCAAGAGAUACUUCGCCCAGAUCGUGCACGCCAUCUCCUACUGCCACCGGCUGCACGUGGUGCACCGCGACCUCAAACCCGAGAACGUGGUGUUCUUCGAGAAGCAGGGCCUGGUCAAGCUCACUGACUUUGGCUUCAGCAACAAGUUCCAGCCCGGAAAGAAGCUGACCACCAGCUGCGGCUCCCUGGCCUACUCGGCCCCGGAGAUCCUGCUGGGGGACGAGUACGACGCUCCGGCUGUGGACAUCUGGAGCCUGGGUGUGAUCCUCUUCAUGCUGGUGUGCGGUCAGCCACCCUUCCAGGAGGCCAACGACAGCGAGACCCUCACCAUGAUCAUGGACUGCAAGUACACUGUUCCCGCUCACAUCUCCCCGGACUGCAAGGACCUCAUCAACCGCAUGUUACAGCGGGACCCCAAGCGACGGGCCUCUCUAGAUGAGAUCGAACGACACGCCUGGCUCCGGGGCGUGGACCCUUCACCGGCCACCAAGUAUAGCGCCCCGCUGGUGUCCUACAAGAGUCUCUCUGAGGAGGAACACAACGGCAUCAUCCAGCGCAUGGUGCUGGGAGACAUCGCCGACCGCGAGGCCAUUACCGAAGCACUGGAGACCAACAAGUACAAUCACAUCACUGCCACGUACUUCCUCCUGGCAGAGAGGAUCCUGAGGGAGAAGCAGGAGAAGGAGAUGCAGAACCGCUCCUCUAGCCCAAGCAACAUCAAAGCCCAGUUCAGGCAGUCCUGGCCCACAAAAAUCGACAUGCACCAGGACAUUGAUGACAGCCUGGCUGGGCCGUCUAUCUCCCAUCCCGGAGGACCACAGUCACCGGCCCGGAGCACAGAGAACCUGCUGAAUGGUCAUCGCGCUAAGGGGCUACUGGACUUGGCCCGGCGCGAGGAGCCUACCGAGCCCUUGGCACUGCCAGUCGCCAGACCUACUGCUGGACCUUCUGCCAGACCCACCCCCAGCCCACCCAAACCCCUUGGCGCCACGCCUCCAACGGCCCCGGCAGCCCCUGGCAAGCCACGUACUUGCUUGUCUAGGGUAGAAGAAGAUGAGGAGGAGGAAGAGGAACAGGAGCCCUUGCCCCUACCAACCCAAGUGGUUCUGCGCCGCAAACCCCCUAACGUAUCCAACCGGCUGAGCUCGCGCAAGAGCGCCCCAGUGCUAAAACAGAUCUUUGAGGAGGGCGAGUCUGACGAUGACUUUGACAUGGAGGAGGGCCUGCCACCCAAGCUGAGCCGGCUGAAGAUGAGCAUGGCGUCGCCGGGCACGGCACACAAGCGCUUCCCCCGCCGAAAGAGCCAGGGACGCGGAUCCAGCUGCUCCAGCUCGGAGACCAGUGACGACGACUCGGAGAGCCACCGGCGCCGCUUGGACAAGGACCCGGGUCUCACCUACGGGUGGAACCGUCGGGACAGCAGCGAAGGUCCACCUGGGAACCCGGGGGGCAAUGGGGCUGGCCCAAGUGGGCCCCCUACUGAAGGAGGCAACACUGGGCCCGACAGGGGCAGCCCCCCCACGGAGGGAGAGGGAGGAAGUGGGGGUGGUGGAGGAGAUGGAGGUAACAGAGGACAAGGCAACCCCACCAACUGCUCCAGUCACACUGCAGCGGGCUCCGCCCCCGGCUCGGUGAAGACCGCCGGGGGUCUGGUGGAGAGCCUGAAACUCAUGAGCCUCUGCCUCAGCUCGCAGUUCCGCCAUCUGGCUAACGGAGGCGGUAGCGGGAACGGGGGGAAGUUCAUCAUAGAUCCACGUGGAUUCCCCGGUAUGAAGGCGCAGGAGAGGUCUCCAUGGAGGAUGUGCGUCAGCGGCUCCAGUGGGAGCCUGGACCGCGUCUCGCUGCUCGGGGGCGCUGCGUCCGGCGCGCGGGCUGACCCAUCGCCCGCUCACGUCCGAGCCGAACCAGGCCCUGCCCGAGAGAAUAGCAUGAACCUGAAAAACAAGGUGCUGCAGCUACCUCUCAGGGACAAGACCAUCUCUGUGAACAUCCAGCGUAACCCAGAGGAGGGGCUGCUGUGCACUUCUGGCCAGGCCAGCUGCUGCCAAGUCAUAUGACGGCCGGCGGGAUCCAGCCACACCAGUAGCAAACUCCGUACUUGACCAGUUCCCUUCGUCUAGUAGCUGUGACCUUCCUCGAUGCACACCACUACCACUAAACACAAUCUUUUUUUUUUUUUUCUCCCUCCCCAGUGUCAUCUUGUCUUAACGAAACACAGGUGCACACUAUUUGGUCUUUGCUUUUUGUUUUUUUAACUUCCAUCUCAAUGUCCCCCCCAUUCUGGCAUCCCGGGUUACUUUUUGGGUUUUGAGGAGGCCGUCUUUCAGGCGAAUCUGAAUUCCGAAAAGAGCACGGUGUUCGAGGCAGUGUUCUGAGGUGUGUGACUUGGUGGCAGACAGACUGAGCAAUAAGUGUUUGGGGCAGGUCGUGUUGCCGGGGGCGGGGGGGGGGGAGGGCAGAGAGAAAACGGGAUUUCCAAGCCUCAUUGGUUAGUCUUAAACACCACAACCAAUCAAAAGGAGAGAACAAAGUGGUGUAUUUAUAUCAUAAAGAAUCUGUAUUUCCCCCCCUCAUUUUAACAGUGAAUAAGAUUGAAGUGCUGUUAAUUUAUAUUGCACAGAGACAAUCUUUUGAUUCUUUUAAACUUUUCUGGAUAUUAAAAGUUUGUUUUUAAUUGUUCUUCACUUGCACUGAAUCACUUAACUGUACACUUUCGUCACACUAAUCCCCCAUAUCAUGCUCAGUGUUGCAUUGUUUUGGGCAUUUUCAUUUGCAGGCAUCUCCCAGGAGUACCCCCUGGUGGUCCUUGCAGUCGUCGACGUGGGGUACGCCGCCAUCUGCAGGUCGUCAGUGGCACUUUCAGGUCUUGGCCUCCCCCGGGUUAAUGUGACCCAGGGCUCUGCAGUUCAUUAGACGACCUAUGGGGUCAGGACGGGAUGCAUAGAUGUGCGUAAAAUUAACGUCACGAAGCCAGCAGGCGGGCAGCCUGAAGCUGAAGCUGUGCAGACAAGCUUCAGUCAAGCCACAAAGUCAAAAUAUAACUUUUUUUUUUUUUUACAGUAACUCCAAUGUUAAAUUAUUCAUCGGGUUCGUUUUAAUCGACAACUAAACCGUAUUAGAAUAAUGUUUAAAAAAAAAAUAAAAAAUCUAUAAAUCAAGCAUCAUUUCAGUAUUUUUUUAAAAAGCUUAUUUAUUAUAAUCUUAGUUUUUUGGGUUUUUGAUUCCAGCAAAUUGGUUGCACAUUUUAUAUAAUAUAUGUAGAUGUAAUUUUAUUUUAUUUUUUUUUGGAUACUAGUCUCUAAGGUAUUCAGUAUAAAGUGUCACGUGUACAUAUUUGUAAAUUUUAUGGGUUUUUUUUUUUUUAUUUAUGUAUAUUAUUAUACAUAGAGGAUUGUUGUGUUAAGUAGCUGUGGAGUGUCCAGGGCCUCACUGCCCCUGAACACCCCCUGAAUACCCCCACUCAGCUCUGCAACGGUCACUGCUGUAGGUCAUUAGCUUUAGCGAACUGGAUGGAAGGAGCGUAAUCGGGGAGGGGGGAUGGGGGGGUUCAAUGGGCAUUGGCAAUAAGCUAAUUGUUGCAGCUACAUGUAAAUUAAUAUAUUUUUAUUUUUAAAACAUGUACAGCCUUGGGCAGAUGAUGAUUACCCCUGCGUGUAUGAGCGUGUGCGUGUGGAGCCUUGGUGCUGUCCCUGAGCAGUGUUGGCCUCUCAAUGACUAGCUGUCCGAUUAUACCAUUUUAUUAGAUAUUUAUCGCGAAAGAAAAAUACCAGAUAUCAGUGAUGUGGGUCCGACGUGCCCUGGUGAGCGACGUGCAUGUGUUGUACAUUUUUAAAAAAUGGAUAAUAGGGACUACAGCAGAAGAAAUUGUACAGGUCAAAUUUGUCACCUGGCGUUAAGGGAAAGUGGAAAUUAGAAAUAUUUAAUGGAAAAAAUCUAAUUCUGUACUGAGAACCUGUUUCAGAAGUUGAAUAUAACCAUGGUAAUAUCCAGAAUUAAAUGUUGUGAGAAAACAA